GUGACGGUAACCGCCUUCCCAUUUCCGCCUGGCGGGCAGCACCGUAGAGUGGGUGCCAGCGGAGGUCCUCCCUCGCCCCGCCCGCGCAGGGGCUGGCCUUGCCUCACCCGCGCCUUUUUCCCCCCUGCACCGAGGCUCCGCUUCACCACUCGGGCACCGCAGGUAGGGCAGGAGGCUGGAGCGCCUGCUGCCCGCCGCCCGUAAAAUGGUCACCUCGGCUGGACAGCUCGCCCUGUUCGCGCUGGGUCUUUUGUUGGCUGUGUGCCAGGCUCUGGAGAACACCACCUCUGCCCUGAGUGCAGACCCGCCCAUGGCUGCCGCUGUGGUGUCCUAUUUUAAUGACUGCCCGGAUUCCCACAGUCAGUUUUGCUUCCAUGGAACCUGCAGGUUUUUGGUGCAGGAGGACAAGCCAGCAUGUGUCUGCCAUUCUGGGUAUGUUGGAGCGCGCUGUGAACACGCGGACCUCCUGGCUGUGGUGGCCUCCACCCAGAAGAAGCAGGCCAUCACCGCCUUAGUGGUGGUCUCCAUCGUGGCUGUGGCUGGCCUCAUCAUCACAUGUGUGCUGAUACACUGCUGCCAGGUCCGAAAACACUGUGAGUGGUGCCGGGCCCUCAUCUGCCGGCAUGAGAAGCCCAGUGCCCUCCUGAAAGGAAGGACUGCUUGCUGCCACUCAGAAACAGUAGUCUGAAGAGCCCAGAGGAGGAGUUCUCCAGGCAGACUGUGGCAGCCCUGAUGAAGAAAGGACUUCUUCAGGAUGGCCCAGCGAGGGAUGCCCGGGACAUGCAGGCAGACCUUCCUACUCUGCCUGCAAUCACCUGUGCAGCCUUUUUAUCUUUUGUGGGCCUUCCUUCAAAACUCUGUCAAGAACUCUGUCUGCUUGGGGUUAUUCGGUGUGACCUAGAAAAGAAAUCGGUGGACACAAUUUAAAAACUGGUCAAAAAAGAACUACAAAGGGUGGACUUCCUGUUUACCUAGAAUAAGGUGUGUGCAUUAGUCGGCGUCUGAGUGCAGGUGUGUGUAGUUGUCUUCUGUCAUUCAUGGAUGCCAGGCUGUGUUUCUUUUUAAUGGGCCUAUUUCUCCACAACAGUAUGCAUCUUUCCCAACACCAGAGAUUCCUAUAGUUGUUACAGUUUUUUCUCAUCCACUUAUUGGGGAAGAAGGUGGAGAAAGGGUAACUGCUUAUUGUUAUGUGAAGACGCCAAGUUUAAGAGGAGCUGUGUGUUGCCUCUUUCCACGAGACCUUCAACCAGCCUGUCAUCUUCCAUAGACAAAUGAAAUAGAGGACCUCCCAAUCAUCACUACCCUUGGACAUAAUUUAUUUAUUAGAUGGAUGAUGGUUUUAUUUUGAAUCGCUUAAGGUUAUGUAAAAAGCAUAAAACUCUUUCAGACUUCUACGUUAAUGAUAGAUGUAUUGCUGGCUGCAAGGUUAUUCUGAUUACAAAGGUCUGGCCUCUUUGGGACAGGUAAAGCUCAGGAAAGGCGACCCAGGAGGUACAGAGAUGGAAGCAGAGGAUGAGUUGCUGAUGGGAGCAAGGAUUGGGUUUCAGAGGUUGUGCCAUUUAAGACACAAAGCAGGUCAAUGCCCCCAGAUACAUUCCGGUGGAAAAGUUAACGAGUCCCUCAGCAUAGAUGGUCACUUCUGCCAGGAGAGAAAGGAAACGAGUGCCUGCGCGUGCGUUUACACAGGUUAAGCACAGUGCUUACUACACUGCUCCAUGGUUAAACAUUAACUUGCUAGUGAGCCCUCCGAGUGUCUCUUUAGAAACAGAACAUUAGCCGAGCCACAGGCAUUUGGGGCCACAUCCAUGAAAGGGGGACUGGUCAUUUAUUUUCCAUUUUGUCACUUGGUUGAUUUGUUGUUUUUUGAAAGAAAUUUAACUUUCCUAUUUAUUUUCAAGCGUGAGGAGAAAUAUUCCAGUGAUUUUUUUUUCUUUAUUUUUCAUUCGGGAUGCUGGUUUUCUUAACAAAAACUCUAGCAAGCCACUUCCACCAUAUGGGUCUCACUUUCCCCUCAGAGAAGGGAGGAAUUGUUCUCCUGGGCUCGGGGUACAUUCUGACCCACUGGCUUGCCUGUGGGAAACACUAGUUUCGUCCAACCAAACAGCAGGGAGCACAUCCCUAGGAAUUUUCAUUAAAAUUUGGAAACAGAAUGGCAACAAAAUAUAUAAACUCCUUCCUUGAGGGAACUCUUUUUUCACUAAUAUUGGGGAAAAUGAAAGAUUUCUAGCUAUUAACCCUUCAGUGCUAGAGCUCCUUGUAUCGUGAAAGUGACCUUUAAAAUAUGUCGAGUUGGCUUGAAAUUUCUAUCAGGUGAUUUUUGUCCUCCCAUAAUUUUUCUUCUCCAAUCUCUAUUUCAAUGAAUUUUCUCUUCCUUUCGUAUGAGACGAUUAUAUGACCCAUAUCUUAACUUCAGCACUUUUGUUGAAUCACGCUGCACCCAAAGCCACUAAGAGCAGAAAUGGGUUCUGUUCACCAGCUGGCUCCCUAACCAUGGAAUUGACACAGCUCCCAGGUUUUCAUUAUAAAAGAAAAUAGGUUUCAGUUUGCCUUUCUUGGGCCAGUCCUACAGAUAAUGGGGGCCCAGGCUGACUGUAGCAUCUCACUCAGAGAACAAUCCAAUCGACGCUGGUUUAUAGUUCCCAGUUUGCACUCACUUUUCCCAUCAGACUCUUCUGAAAGUCUGAGAUUCCAUCUUAAGAAAGGCUAAUGAAAGUGGAGUAGUAGUAUCGCUUGUUUUUAAAUUGAGGUCACGUUUUUACUUUAGGACAAUCUUUCCUCAGUCUUUUGGAGACUCUUUGAGGUCUGACUGCCUUAAACAGGCAUGAACUGAUGCAAAAAUGUUGUGGGGCCUUCUUCAUCUAGCGGAUGAAGGAUCAGUGUCCAGUCUUCAGGUACCCAAGGACCUUUGCCCAGGUGUGAGGGAGGUGUGGAUGGAACAGAGGGAACCCUCUUGGUUCCCUACGGGGACUUCAGAUUUAGAGUCUAAAUACUCUUGUCCUCAGACCCAGCAAGCCACAGCUGCCAAGGCCCCCUUCCUUGUGCCUGCACCACCAUGCACUGAACAGGCUUGAAUGUGUGCUUCCCUAGAAGCGCGCCUCACUCAGUCCUCUCGAAACCAGCAGGUCUGAAAAGAGUUGGAAACAGGCUGGGGUCAAGGCAGGCCUGGUGGGACCUUUGUCCCUGGCCCCAGGAUACGACAGCCUUGCUUCUUGGGUAGUUUCUCUUCUAGAAAUCAGAUGGCCCACAAGCUUUGGAUUCCUAUGCCAUUUCAUGGCAUUGGUACUUCUUUGGUUAGUUGUAAAAAUGCACCCUUUUCAGAUUAAAAAUGUGUCUCUAAUCCAUCUCUGCAGAUUCCCUAGGUUUACUUGCUUCUAAGAAAGCCAAAUGUUCAUGAUGAUUAGGGAAUCAUUCCCAAGACCUGACAAGCAGCCACACACCUGGGAGCGGGUAACAGUUGUUUCCCAAUGUCUGUCUCAGGAGACGUACCUAGAAAGGCUCCAUUUUUUAAAAAGGGGGGUGGGUGGGCAGGAGGUGCUUCCACAUCUUUUAUGGAGCCUGGAUUCUCCCACUGCUCUAUAGGCCAUGACUUCUUUAAGCAUACUGGCAGGAAACAUUUUCUUCUAAAUGUAAAGAUAUAUAGCAGCCGAUCCUGAUCUGGAAAACACAGCUGGACACAGGUGGAAAAAAGCAAGAUAUGAGCUUCAUUGUGUUCCAGCAGGGGAGGUGGACAGAAUGUCCCCAGGGUCUGUUUUACUAAGAAAGAAGAAGACGUAGGAUUGACACUCCCCCACCCACACUGGUGAGGGAGGGGAAGGUGUGCUUCUAGAGCUUCUUGGGAGACUUGUUCUCUGCAGAUGGAGAAAAGUGUCUGGUGUGUUCAACCAGAUCUUACAGGACCAGGUUAGGUUGUCUCAAUGCACAUGGGCCGCUGGUUGGUUUUUCAAGCAAUUUUGGCAGAAGUGGGUCAACCAGCCUCCAACACUGCUCAGGGAACCCUGACCCCUUGUAGGAUCUGGGCUUUGAUUUCUCCCAACCUGCUCAGAGAGGAGGGGGAUUGAUUCAAAGCCCCAGGACCAAGGGGCACAUCACAGAAGCAGACGGACACCUAUGUUUGUUCUUAAUGCUUAACCUAAGACCUGUUCUCUGUAGCCACUGGCUUUACCAGGCUUUCUGAACGAUCAAGUGGUACACACACACACACACACACACACACACAGUACUGAAAAGCGACCCCUCUUUCUAGUGUGAUAACUCAAGCAUUCGACUUUUUAUUAUCUUUAUUAUAACAAACCUGAUGCUUUUUUUUUUAUUUAGAACUUGUUACUCUGACUUCUGUAUAUGUUGCACUGAAAAGGUUAAUAUUUAAUGUUUUAAUUUAUUUUGUGUGGUAAGUUAAUUUUGAUUUCUGUAAUGCGUUAAUGUGAUGAUUAGCAGUUCUUUUCCUUAAUACCUGAAUUAUACAUAUUUAAAGAGUAGUGAGCAAUGCAAAAUGAAUUUGUGUUUUUCAGCGAUGUGCAUUGUUUUUCAAUUGUACUGUACCCUGUUUG